AUGACUCGUAGCUCCCAGGAAGUUCUCUCUCCAGUCCCCAACAGCUCUGACCAGGGUUGGGGUCUGAAUGGAGGCGGCAGGCGGAAGAGGAAAAGGUCUGGGUUCCACAACGCCAAAACUGCUUCCCCCGACUUAGAAUGUAGCGGGUCCAAGGAGCCAAAGGCUUUCCAGGAGAUAUUUGCUGUGCCGGCUCCCCCUGCACCCAAGGUCCUGUGCCGGCGUACAGGGAAUGUUAGCCAGAGAUGCAACGCGGUGACCUCCAGGGCCUGGGCCCCAGGCAGGGGGGGUUGGAUGGAGCCUGUAGGCCAUGGUCCAGCCCUGAACCAGACUCAAGGCCCCUGGCCACUGUGCCUGGUGGGGGCAAAGGAUGACUGCCCCUCCACUUCCCGCCCUAAAGCCACUAAACGCCACCGCAAAGCCCGGCUGGAAAAGCUGUAUGUAAAGGGCCCGUUGCUGGGGAAAGGGGGCUAUGGCUCUGUCUAUGCAGGGACCCGCAAAUCAGACGGCAUGCCGGUAGCCAUCAAGUAUGUGUCCAAGGCCCAAGCUGAGGAGGAGCUGGACAUUCCUGGGCAAGAAGGCCCCCUGCCCCUGGAGGUGGCGUUGAUGAAGCAGGUGAACGUGGCGCCACAGUGUCCCUACAUCAUGCAGCUGCUGGAGUGGUUUGACCAGCCAUCGCGUUACAUCAUGGUGCUGGAGCGCCCCGAGCCCUGCCAGGACCUUAUCGCCUUCUGCCAGGACCGGGGAGGCACCAUGAGCGAGGGCUUAGCGCGCCAGGUGAUGGUGCAGCUGUUGAGGGCGCUGAACCACUGCAGCGAGCGAGGGGUCCUGCACCGGGACGUCAAGCCAGAGAACCUGCUGAUCCAGACUGACUCGCAGCACGUCAAGCUGUUCGACUUUGGCUGUGGAGACCUGCUGAAGAAUACGGCCUACAAGGACUUUGCAGGCACCCUGGAGUACACCCCUCCAGAGUGGUUCCUACAUAGACAGUACCUGGCAGGUCCAGCUACUGUCUGGUCGGUGGGCAUCACCCUCUACAACCUGAUAUGUGGCUUCCUGCCCUUCAGCACCAUCCGAGAGACCAUCAAGGGCCGCGUGCGCUUCACCAAGGGACUGUCCCCCGAGUGCCGUCAGCUGAUUCGCUGGUGCCUGAGCACUAAGGCAGCGGACCGACCAACCAUGGAGCAGAUCCAGCUCCAUCCCUGGCUCCUGUGAGGGGCCACCCAGGCCAAUGAAAAAUACAAUUAUAAUCUCAGUUCAUUCUUGUCUUAGUCAUUUGAGUCACUUUUAAGCACUUUAACCGGGCACUUUAUAGCGUGGUUUAAAACCCCACCCCAAAAGACUAAUAGCGAACGCGCAUAAAGAUGGCAUUGUUUUACCACUAUCCAAAGUUUUUCAACAAAACCUUACACAAAUGAAGAUGGGUUAGGUGGAACUGGUGCUGCAGUUAAAUGCUAUACUUUUGAUU